AUGGAGCACCUCACUCUCCCAUCAGGGCGUGUCCUAGCAUGGAAAACCUACGAGGCCUCAGAACACACCCCAGCCCGAAAAGCAAUCUUCUACUUUCACGGCUUCCCAGGCUGCGCCCUCGAAGCCAGCUACCUACGCAGCUAUCUCCAAAAACACAAUGCACGCUGCAUAGCAAUCGACAGACCAGGCAUGGGCAACUCAACAUACUAUGAACGGACAAUAACAGACUGGCCAUCCGACGUUCUCGCCGUCGCAGACCACCUCAAUCUUCCCCAAUUCUACAUCCUCGGCAUUUCAGGCGGUGCACCCUACGCCCUAGCAUGCGCAAACUCCAUCCCUCGCGCCGACGGCACUACUGGCCGAUUACGCGGCGUGGCAGUAGUCAGCGGGAUCUAUCCGACAACGCUUAGCAUGGCCGGGAUGCUGCCUGAGCUGCGCACGCUCCUCUUCUUUGGCGCUUGGUUGCCACGGUUCGCCACGGGGGCUCUUUUGGAUUUCCUAAUAGGGCGGGCGGCGAGGAAUGUUGAUCCUAAGGUUUUGGAAGAUCGUAUGGAUCAAGUCAUGGCCAGCAGGCCGGAGACGGAGAGGGGUGUUUGGACGGAUGGAAAUGUGCGUGCUGCUGCGCUGGAGUCUACAAGGGGUGCAUUUAGACAGGGUGGGGCUGGGGCUGGGGCUGGGGUUGCGAUGGAGUUGAUGUUGCUUGGGGACUGGGGCUUUAGGCUUGAGGAUAUUGAUGGUAGGGAUGUGAAGCUUUGGCAUGGGAGGUUGGAUCACAAUACGCCUGUUGGGAUGGCGGAGGAGGCGGCCGUACUUAUUGGGUGCAGGACGAGCUUUGGGGAGGUUGAUGGGCAUAUGAGUAUGUCUUUCAAUCAUGUUGAUGAAGUUUUGAAGGAUCUCCUUGAAUGA